AUUUGGACUGGAUAGCUUGGGGCACCAACAUAUUACAUCAAUCGCUUUAGGCACUUGGCUCGUUCUAAGGUAGUAGGCUUGUUGUUAUUAUCGGUCACUUACACUGCCUCAUACGCCGUAUAACAACAAGAGCGUUUUCUAUUCUGCGCGACACGUCACGUACCCCGAGACAGCGACUCUUCUGUCCCCCUGGCUUGUCUGGCUAUUCGGAGAGGAAGUGCCAAGCUAGGGUAUCACAGUCGCAGAUCUUAUAGCAAAACGUUGCGGUUUGCUGCUAGCCAGCUAGGCAACUCGGGCGCAUCACCCCCCCCCAUCUGUUCCUGCAGUGUGUCUUCGUUCACCCUCGACAGAGGUAAAAAAAAAAAAAAAAAAAGAUACUACCAUACUGUACUGCACAGUACAGCACCAAAUUCAACAAAGACUUCAUAAUAUCAGACUGGAUCGUGUCGCCCACAUUUACAAUAUCCUCUUAAACAGUCUAAAUUAAAAGAAGAGUCCCUUUUGGUCCACAUCGUACGUCAAAAACGGUAUUUAGAACGGGUCAGACUCGCCUAACACAGCCCCCUUCAAACGCAUCCGCGCUGCGCCACGCUGUGAGGCAGACUCGCGGUCGAGUGCAUUCAACCUUGCCAGACUUGGGGUUUCUAAAGACAGAAACAACUUACGCGCCAUGGAUCAACAAGCUGUCCAAUCUGCAGGGUCGGCUCGCGGCCGUUCACCGUCUGCCGGAAACCAACAGCCUCAUAUAAGAAAUAGUCAUUCUCCUUCGCCUCAUCCAUAUCAGUCCCCGGAAUCAUCGAUCGGCCUCGGCAUUGCCAUAGACCCCUCAUCAGCGAGCCCUCAGUUCACUUCCGACUUCAAUACUUACCCUAGCAACAACGAUAGCAACCAGUUUUUGAAUACAUCACAGUCGCAGCCCUUCGAUCAUCAGGGUAUUGCUGAUCCGACAUCAUUCGGGCUCAACCAAGACUACUCCCAAUCUCUCACCUCGCAGUCCCAACCCACAUUCUCCCAGAGUCUCCUGGGUCCGGAUUUCAACACCAGCGGCGAUUUCUCACUAUUCCCCCAAUCUACCCACGGUGACCAGUUUGGUACACCUCUGUUUGGCGACUUGUCUCAGACACAUGCGCAAUCUCUCGACCCGAACGAUCUAACGAACAUGACGUCCCCACAGACACACCACUCGCCUACUCCGCCGCAUCUUCUAAAGCCAGAGCCAGGUUCGGCACAUCAGUCUCCAUCUUUUAAUCAACAUCAGUUUCCUUCACCUGGCCAUUCAAGACAUGCGUCACUAGGUCCCGAGGCGGCUUUUAUGCCGGGUCGGUUGGAUUGGAAUCAACCGCAGUUCCAAGGACAUCGAAGGACACCGUCAGAGUACUCGGACGCAUCGUCAGCCGCCCCAUCGCCAAAUUUGACAGGCCACGAUAGCUUCGAACACCCAGAGCACGGCCACUCGCCCAUGCAGCGGCCGCAAGACUUUUACGAUGGGGUUGUUGGGUUAGGUAACUUUAGCAUAACAGGACCCAACCCAAAUAGCCGCAGCCCAUCGCACAGCCCGGCUAUCUCCCCUCGAAUACUCCCUCAACAGAUGCCUGACGCUGGUCAGCAAGGUCCGAACAUCUUGUUAAGUACGGGAUACCCUAACCCUCCUAUGGGCUACCCUGUUCAACCCUCAGAAGAGUUUCCUUCCUUGUGUCAAGAAGCACCAAUAGACCCGUUAAUAGCUCAAUCUAUGGCCCCGCCGUCUAUAAAUAUCGACUUUGCGCCUAAUUCGCGACAAAAUAGCUUUGAGCCCCCGAAGCCGCCCAUGGAUGCGCAGUCUCUAACCCCACCAGAUAGAGGUCGCCCACGAUCCCGCCCGCGGGCAGUUACGGACCCCUUUAAUAGCGGAGGGGCUGUCCUCUCACGACCUAAUACCCCUGGAAAUCUGUCGCCACACCUAGGCGCCGAUUUGGCUAACCGCAGUCGUUCCGGGUCCGAGUCCUCGACUCGUUCACUUUCGCCUGGUGACCGGUCAGGUAGCGCCAAUGCUAUCUCUAGAAGGCGUCAAUCUAUGUCUGCGGUCCCCAAUAAUGUGAUAGCGCUCCGCCUAGCAGACCCGGAAUACCAAGCCGCUCAAGACAAUGGAGGAACGAAGCGAAUUCAGAAACAUCCUGCCACUUUUCAAUGUACCCUUUGCCCCAAGCGGUUUACCCGAGCAUACAAUUUGCGAUCCCAUCUGCGUACCCACACUGACGAAAGACCCUUCGUAUGCACGGUUUGUGGAAAGGCAUUCGCUAGACAACACGACCGUAAACGUCACGAGGGACUUCAUUCAGGCGAAAAGAAAUUUGUCUGCAAAGGGGAUCUCAAAGCCGGGGGCCAAUGGGGCUGUGGAAGGCGGUUCGCCCGAGCGGAUGCGCUGGGUCGCCAUUUCCGAUCCGAAGCAGGCCGCAUAUGUAUCAAGCCAUUGCUAGACGAAGAAAUGCUUGAGAGACAACGGCUGUGGCAGGAACAGCGAAUGCAGAGCAUAGCGCAAAACAUGGCUCAACAACAACCGGUCAUGGACCCUAAUGUUUAUCCUGGUAUAGAGACGGGUAACUAUGCCUUACCUGCUGCCUUAUUAGCACAGUACCCGGCACUGGCGCAGAUGAACUGGGGCCAACCGGGUGAUAUGAGUAACGUAGAAGACGAGCUUAGUGGUCGCUCAAGCUUUGAUGCCUCAGAUUACGACGAUGGUGACGAUACGGGCUACGUAAGUGGCCCUGGUACCGGUUUCGGAGAGGGUGGUCUGCAACAAAACUUCGGUGAGCAGAUUGGUUAUGCUAGUGACUAUGGUGGUCGCUAGUGAUCUUCAUUUAUUCAAUUGAAAUCACCUCAGAACUUCCGGAAGCGAUGAAUAUUA